AUGGUUUUCAACAUUAUUCUGGUAGCAAUUGUUGCAUUUCUAUUUCAUCAACUGAUAUGGAAACGGAGAAACUGGCCUGCUGGACCGAUUCCUUUGCCUUUAAUCGGAAAUCUUCUCUCCCUUCGAACGCCUGCUCCCGGAUACCAAGCAUUUGCAAAAUGGACCAAAAAAUACGGAGAUAUCUACACUUUCUGGCUUGGAACCCGUCCGUACAUUCUUGUUUCAAGUUAUUCUGCUUUGAAAGAGACAUUUAUAAAAGACGGUGAAACUUAUGCUGACAAAAAACCAAUGGCAUUCCAAGAAGCAUUCCGAGGAGGAUCUUAUGGAGUCGUAGAGACGAAUGGACCGUUUUGGAGAGAACACAGAAGAUUUGCACUUCAUCAGUUUAGAGAUUUUGGACUCGGAAAAGAUAGAAUGGAGCAAAGAAUCAUGAUGGAAGUGGAGGAUAUUUUCAGAAAUUGUGAUAAGACAUUGGGAGACGGAGUGAAUUUAACUGAUGUUUUUGAUAGAGCUGUUGGUAAUGUAAUCAAUCAAAUGUUGUUUGGAUAUCGGUUCGAUGAGACCAGAGCCGACGAGUUCCGUACAAUUCGUGCUUUCUUCAAUUUCAACUCGGGAGAGUUCGCUUCUUUCUCGAUGAGAGUUCAAUUCUUCCUUCCGUGGAUGGGAUAUAUUAUGCCAGGACCUACAAUUCUUGACCGUUUCAAAAAGUAUCAAAAAGGUUUCACCGAGUUUUUCGGAACUCAAAUUGCUAAUCACAAGAAGGAAAUCGAUUUUGAGUUGGAAGAGAAUUCAGAUUAUGUAGAAGCAUUUCUGAAGGAACAGAAGAAAAGAGAAGCAAUGGGAGAUUUUGAGACCUUCAGUACUACCCAACUCUCCAAUAUGGUUCUUGAUCUCUGGUUUGCUGCAUUGAUGACAACAUCUAAUACGAUGACGUGGUGUUUUGCAUACACUUUGAAUUAUCUUGAUGAACAGAAGAAAAUGCACGACGAGCUAGACAGAGUAAUUGGAAGCGAUAGAUAUAUUACGACUGCUGAUAAACCAAAUCUACCGUAUACCAAUGCGUAUAUCAAUGAAAUCCAACGAACUGCCAACCUGGUUCCUUUGAAUCUUCUUCACAUGACGACAAGGGAUACUGUACUCAAUGGGUACAAAAUUCCAAAAGGAACCGGAGUGGUUGCACAGAUCAGUACAGUUAUGUAUGAUGAAGAAGUUUUCCCGGAACCGUACAUUUUUAAACCAGAGAGAUUCAUCGAUGAAGACGGGAAACUGAAAAAAGUUGAGCAACUCGUACCAUUCUCUGUUGGAAAGAGACAAUGCCUGGGUGAAGGACUUGCUCGAAUGGAACUAUUCCUGUUUAUUGCUAACUUCUUCAAUAGAUAUCGGGUUGUUCCGGAUGCAUCUGGCCCUCCAGUCAUUGAUAAAGCUGUAUUAGGUGGAAUGCAUACCAAGGAAUUCUUUGCGAUUCUGGAAAAACGACAUGAAAAAUAA